UGGCGCAAAUACAGGAAAGGGGAUCCUUGGAGAAGGAGAGACAUAUCAAUGCACUAGCUACCUCUAGCGUGGGGAAAUCUAUUUUUCCGAUUGUAUAUUCUGUUAAUUUACUUCGAUGUGUUUUCAAUGAUUCGACUGAAUAUUGAAGAAUAACUGCGCUCAGCUUCAUCAAAAGAAUCUUCGCUCCCUUUUAUACAGAUGAGCCAGUUCGCUAAUAAGCCUCAACGACACGGCUGAAAACUCGGGUGGAAGCCUCGCCGAAAUCUCAGCUUUUGCUGUCUUGCCUACGCUUCAAGACCUGCUAGCCCAAAUAUGCAGUAAUUGUGGAGAGUUAGUUACACUUUAGGGCUUGCGCUGGUGUGCUAACUGCUUUAUAGGUGACAGUGGUGCCAAAUGCUUCGCUAUGGUUAGACAGUGGCUCUGACGCGCAGUGACCCGUGAAAUCUCCUAAGCCACGCUAGAAAGUCAGCUAGCACAACCCAAACUGUCACCCGAACGUGAGAAUAAAACAUAUCGGCACUACAAGACGGGAAACAUCUGACAAAUAAUACCACAACUGCUAGUUGAUUAUUAUUGUUAUUUAAUAAUAAUAAUAAUAAUAAUAAUAAUAUUUUAGUGCCUUAGGGGGCCGGAGAAAACUAAAACUUUGCGAACAUUUUUUUGAAACGAUUCCAAAAUAUCUAACCGCUAACUAGCGAAGUUAAAUUUGAUUUAGCCUUAAUUCACGAGUAGCGUGGCAAUUCCUUUGGUCUGCGAGUAACUCGCUAGCUAGCUUGCUAACCAGGAUAACUAACGCUGGUAGCCAAGAGUUUUUUUUCUUGGGGUUAACAUUAAAGUAGGUCGGAACGUGUGCAAACGGAACGUGUCAAAAUGAAGACUCUGAAAACCAUAAUUAAUGUUCACACGCACUGUAUUUUAUGUCGAUGGUUACUCUGAAUGUAAGCUCGCUACCUAGCAAUCUUCGAGAAGUAUUUAGCAACCGCUUGCGUACAGUGCAUUGUAGAUAGCUAGCUAAUUAGCUAACAUAGCUAACCUAGGUAAUUGAACACGUUGAAGUUUCCUCUCCGCCCCUUUUUUUGAGGGGGUGACAAGUUUUCUGUUUUUGUUUUUUUUUUACGUUUCUACUAUCUUUGACAUAAUAAGCGUAUUUUUAAUCAAACGAGGCACUUUUCGAUUCCCGACUAAUUUCGCUACAAGGAACAACGUUUUACCAUUUAAGCGUGGUCACGAUGCGACUACGGACUUUGAUUGUUUUGGUUGUCUCAGUCUACACUAUUUGGAACUGUCAACAAACAAACGGAGAAAUUUGUUCAAGUAAAGACAUCAGGAACAAUGUGACCCACCUGCGCUUGCUGGAGAACUGCACGGUGAUUGAGGGCCACCUGAAGAUCCUGCUUAUGUUUACCACCAAGCCAGAAGAUUUUCGCAGCCUCAGCUUCCCCAAGCUGACACUGGUGACAGACUACCUGUUGCUCUUCCGUGUCUAUGGCCUGGAGAGCCUGAGUGGUCUCUUCCCAAACCUCACCGUGAUUCGCGGCAACAACCUGUUCUUCAACUAUGCCCUGGUACUGUUUGAGAUGCUGCAAUUGAAGGAGAUCGGACUGCACAGCCUGAUGAACAUUACUCGCGGUGCUGUCCGGGUGGAGAAGAACCCAGAUCUCUGCUACCUCUCCACUCUCGACUGGUCCAAAAUCCUCGACUCAGUGGAAGACAACUAUAUUGUGGCCAACAAGAACUAUGGCGAGUGUGGGGAUGUAUGCCCAGGCAUGGCCAAGGGCAAGACCACCUGCCCUCAGACCACCAUCAAUGAGCACUUCAAUGAGCGCUGCUGGACACAGAAGCACUGCCAAAGGAUGUGUCCAUCGGCCUGUAAACAUCGUGCUUGCACCACAGACAGCCAGUGUUGUCAUGAGCAGUGUCUAGGAGGCUGCCUAGAGCCCUACUCUCCCAGCAAGUGCGUGGCUUGCAGGAACUUCCUCCACCAGGGAGCAUGUGUGGAGCGCUGCCCACUGGGCUUCUACACCUUCAAGGGGUGGCGCUGUGUGAGCUUUUCCUUCUGCCAGGAGCUGCAUAACAGGUGCAAGCAGGGCAAAAGCAACGAGUGUCACGAAUAUGUCAUCCACCAGGGGGCAUGCAUUCCUGAGUGUCCAUCAGGAUACACCACUGUCAACUCCACUACGCUGAACUGUACACCAUGUGCAGGUCUGUGUCCUAAGGUUUGUGUAGGGCUGAAGACGGUAGACUCAGUUACAGCGGCCCAGGCGCUUAGAGGCUGCACAGUGCUCAAUGGCAGCCUAGCCAUUAACAUCAGAGGAGGAACUAACAUUGCCGUGGAGUUAGAAGCUAAUCUGGGACAGCUGGAGGAGAUCACGGGAUACCUGACCGUGCGCCGCUCCUACGCCCUUGUCUCGCUCUCCUUCCUCCGCAAGCUCAGGCUCAUCCGUGGAGAAACACAGGAAGUUGGAAACUACUCCUUCUACGCGCUGGACAACCAGAACUUGCGGCAGCUGUGGGACUGGUCCAAGCACAACCUUACCAUCCUCCAGGGCCGCAUGUUCUUCCAUCACAACUCCAAGCUUUGCAUGGUUGAGAUCCGCAAGAUGGAGGAGGUCACAGGAACCAAGAACCGACAGCUCAAGAAUGAUAUUGCCUCCAAGACCAAUGGAGACCAGGCAUCCUGCGAAAGCCAAGCAUUAAAGUUCACAACAAUCCGUACACUCUCUGACAAAAUCAUCAUCAAAUGGGAGCCAUUCUGGCCGCCAGACUUCCGAGACCUGCUGGGAUUCAUGGUGCUGUACAAAGAAGCGCCCUUCAGAAACGUCACUGAGUUUGAUGGGCAGGACGCGUGUGGCUCAAACAGCUGGGUGAUCGCGGAUGUGGACCCCCCUCAGCGGGCUACAGACGGGAAGGACCAGCAGGAGCCAGGCUACCUGAUUGUGGCACUGAAGCCCUGGACACAGUAUGCUAUCAUGGUGAAGACACAGCUCUCUGCUUCUGAUGAACACCAGGUACAUGGAGCCAAGAGCGAGAUCAUCUAUGUUCGUACCAACGCUACCAAACCGUCUGUGCCCCUGGACCCAAUCUCCUCCUCAAACUCGUCUUCUCAGAUCAUCCUGAAGUGGAAGCCCCCUAAUGAUCCCAACGGGAACAUCACCCACUACCUGGUCUUCUGCCAGCAGCAGCCUGAGGCCAGUGAGCUCUACAAGUUUGAUUACUGUCAGAAAGGCAUGAAGUUGCCAUCACGGGCUCCCACGCAACUGAACAGCGGUGAGGAGCAGAAGUGGAACCAGACUGAAGAGCACGGACAAGGGGGGCGUUGUUGCAUCUGCCCCAAAACUGAGAAACAGCUAAAGAAGGAGGCAGAGGAGAGCGAGUAUCGCAAGACCUUUGAGAACUACUUACACAAUGAGGUGUUUAGGAUCAGGCCAUCACGGCAGCGCAGAGCCCUUGUAGGCGUGGCCAACAGGACAGUAUAUCCUCUGCUGACCACGCCUUCUCCCCAGCUUAGCAGCUUGGUCACCAGGAGUCCACAGGAGGAGGCAGAGGCCAAUAAGAUCACACAGUUCAUCUAUGCUAAGGAGUCCACCGUCAUCUCCAACCUCAGACACUUCACCAGCUACCAGAUUGAAAUCCACGCUUGCAACCACCCCGCAGACUCCAACCGCUGCAGCAUGGCUGCCUACGUCAGCGCCCGCACCAUGCCUGAGGCCCAUGCUGAUGACGUGGUGGGGCCUAUCACCUUCGAGGUAAUGGAGUACUCUGUGCAUAUCAAGUGGGCAGAGCCCAGUGCCCCCAACGGUAUGAUCAUCCUCUACGAGGUCAACUACAAGAGACUGGGAGACACAGAGGAGCUGCACCACUGUGUAUCUAGAAAGAGCUAUAUUACUGACAGCGGGUGCAAACUGAGAGUGGUGCAUCCUGGGAAUUACACAGUGCGGAUUCGAGCCACUUCACUGGCAGGAAAUGGGUCCUGGACGGAACCCAAACACUUCUAUGUGCAGGACCACCAUCCCUCCAGUAUGUUGAAGAUCGUGAUCGGCCCAGUCAUCUGUGUUUUGCUGCUGUUUCUGAUGGCACUGUCAGGAUUCAUCAUUUUCAAGAAGAAGCAAACGGAAGGGCCAACUGGAAGGCUGUACACUUCACCUAACCCAGAGUACCUCAGCCCAGACGAGGUUUAUGAGCCAGAUGACUGGGAAGUUCCACGGGAGAAGAUCAGCCUGCUGCGUGAGCUUGGUCAGGGUUCCUUCGGCAUGGUGUAUGAGGGAAUUGCCAAGGAUAUAGUGAAGGGGGAGGCGCAGACGCGUGUCGCUGUCAAAACGGUCAAUGAGUCGGCCAGCCUCAGAGAGCGCAUUGAGUUCCUCAAUGAGGCCUCUGUCAUGAAGGCCUUCAGCUGCCACCAUGUGGUGAGACUGCUGGGUGUAGUGUCCAAAGGCCAGCCCACGUUGGUGGUGAUGGAGCUUAUGACUCAUGGAGACCUGAAAAGCUACCUCCGCAGCCUCAGACCUGACUCAGAGAACAACCCUGGUCGGCCUCCUCCCACGUUGAGGGAGAUGAUCCAAAUGGCAGCCGAGAUUGCAGAUGGCAUGGCAUAUCUCAAUGCCAAGAAGUUUGUGCACAGAGACCUGGCUGCCCGGAACUGCAUGGUGGCUGAGGAUCUCACUGUGAAGAUCGGAGACUUUGGCAUGACGAGAGACAUCUAUGAGACGGAUUACUACAGGAAGGGUGGAAAGGGACUGCUUCCUGUCAGAUGGAUGGCUCCUGAAUCACUUAAGGAUGGGGUAUUUACUGCACACUCAGACUGCUGGUCGUUUGGGGUGGUGCUGUGGGAGAUCAGCACUUUGGCUGAGCAGCCUUACCAGGGCCUGUCCAAUGAACAGGUGCUCAAGUUUGUCAUGGAUGGAGGAUACUUGGACCGGCCGGACAACUGUGCUGAUAGGCUGCACAACCUCAUGCAGAUGUGUUGGCACUACAACCCAAAGAUGCGGCCCACCUUCCAGGAGAUCAUCGAGAUGCUGAAAGAUGACCUCCACCCCUCCUUUCAGGAGGUCUCCUUCUUCUACAGUGAAGAAAACAAGCCUCCAGAGAGUGACGACUUUGACAUGGACCUAGAGAAUAUGGAGAGCAUCCCCCUGGACCCGUCGUCCUACUCCCAGAGAGAACGUAGCCUGGACGGGGAAGAGGGCUUGUCCAUGGGGCUGCGUAGCAGUUAUGAUCAGCACGUUCCCUACACACACAUGAACGGUGGCAAGAAAAAUGGGCGCAUCUUAUCCCUGCCCUGCUCCAACCCCUCCUAAUAUAACCCUCCUCAGCUGCCAGCCUAACAAGCUAUGUUUGAUUUGUUUUUCUUUAUUUUAUAGAGUCACUUUUAUCACUCUUUUUCCAAGGCCCCCUCAUAACAGCAAUCUCAGGACAUUUCUUUCUUUCUACUCCCACAGCAGUAUCAUGCAGGGUGCCACUAUUUUUGUAUUUAAAGAAGAAAAUGCACAUCAUCUGCUUCUC